AUGAAGAAUCUUAGAAAUUUUUCGGCAAUAAGAAAGUUACAUACUUGUAUUAUAUUAUUUCGGCAGAAACCAGAAAAUUUAAAAGGAAAGAAGCAUAGUUCCCAAUUAUGGAUUACAAGACAGAUACAAGACCCUUAUGUGGAAAGGGCUAAACGAGAAAACUAUAGGUGUAGAAGUGCAUACAAAUUAUUAGAAAUAAAUGAAAGAUUUAAAAUCUUGCAACCAGGGCAUGUUGUAAUUGACUGUGGUGCUGCUCCUGGUAGCUGGACUCAAGUUGCAAUUAAUGUAACAAAUGCAAAAGCUAAACAGGAUGGUGUUGCUGUUGGAAUUGUUUUUGGAAUAGACAAGCAACCGAUUUAUCCGAUUGAAGGUGCAACUUUAUUGAGUGGUAUGGACUUUACUGAUGCAUCAUCUCAAAAUAAAAUACUAGAACUCUUAAAAAGUCGAAAAGCUAAUGUAGUUAUGUCAGAUAUGGCACCAAAUGCAUCGGGUGUCAGAGCCUUAGAUCAUGAGAACAUAAUACGACUUGUGUAUAGUGCUUUGAAAUUUGCUUUGCAAGUUACUCAAAUAGAUGGAACAUUCCUUUGUAAAUUAUGGGAUGGUGGAAAAUCUGAACAAUUGGAGAAAGAUCUCAAUAAAUUUUAUAAAUAUGUAAGAAAUGUAAAGCCACAAGCAACGAGGGACGAGUCCACAGAGAAGUAUUUCUUGGCCAUGGGAUUUAAAGGGUUAAGAAGUACAUCCAGUAAUACAACGUAACAUGCAGUUUUUUUAACAAUUAAGUUAUGUACAAUAAAAAAUGCUUAAUGAAUAAAAUGAUUUGUAACAUAAUCGCUUAUCAUGCCUGGACAGGUAGUAAAUAAUAAUAAAGCAUGAUAUUUUGGUGCAAGACCAACAUCGAGUGAUUUUAUAAGUUGUUUCGUUUUGCGAUCUAACAGCUCUUACACGAUACGACACGACAAUGUGUAAUAUACAUCGAUAUAUUUAGCUAUAAAUAAUACAAUAAUAUUUUUAUACAGUUACAAUUAAUACACAUUAAGACGCUGAUGACGCUUCUUAAUUAUACAAUGUAUAUACAAUUUCUCUUAAUAAAAUUAAUAUGUACACGAAUCAACAUUCAAAUACAUGAGAAAGAGAGAUUACACACCACAUCGAAGCAUACGUAGAGCAGUAAAAAGAAUUACUGGCCGCGAUGUCAAAUUCGUAAUUUUCAUACGUGAUAGUCACACGUAGAUAAUUUCAUUUCGUAUAAAAUCCAAAGGGCAUCGAUGGAUUCCGAAUAAUGAUAAUUUUUUAUUCCGUAUUGCAUGCACUCUACCGCGUAUUCUCGUACAAAAAAGUUAUCGUACGUGUAAAAAGUGAAAAAGAACUAUCGCAACGGUCGUAAAGCUAAACGACAUCCGACAAACGACUGAUUCUCACUAUUCCGAGCACUGUCUUCGGAACGCUGGCUUAGGAUAAUGAUCAAAUCGCACACCGAAAACAUUCAUACUACAUAGAUACGUGUUUUCGCUAUACAAUGUAGGUGUAAGCUUCGACUCAAUUACACUGGAGAAACAUAAAGUGUUGCGAUUGUCGUAGGUGUGCGAAUAAAUAUGCGUUGCUUUACACGAUGCGAUAUAGAGUAUAAAUAAAACAUGUAUUGCGUACCAAAGAGAGGGUUUAAACUAUAAUUUAAUUUCGAUGAUUAAUUUUAAGUUAACUAUAUUGCAACAAAAGUCAAAUAUGCAUGAUGUAUGUGUAUACAUGAUGUUCAGUUCAAUACGUGCAAUUGUAGUUGCAGUUUAAAAGUUAAAAAUUAAAUUAAAGAACGGUAACAAAUUCAAGAUUC